AUGUUUAGUGAUAAUGAAGAUAUUGUUGUUCAUUCUUCAAGCUUUGAUAAAAACCAUAAAAAACAAAAAAUAUCCAAUACAUACACAUCAGGCUUAGAAUUAUCUCAAACCAAAUAUGGUAAUAUAGUUGAUAGUAAUAACCAUAAUGCAUCUAAUGAGUGCUAUAACUUGGCUAAUAGUAAUAGUGAUACUGUAACUGAUAAGAAUAACAAUCCAAUUAAUGAAGAAUCUUCAAUCUUAUCAAAUGAACCUAAUGAUAUAUUAAAUUCACUAAAUCUGAAAGAAAUAAAAACAAUCAUAAAAUGUCUAGUUGAAGUUUACAAAAAUCAUAAAAAUAAAUUAUGUGAACAUAUUAUGGGGUCAGUAAAUAGUUUAACAGGAAAUUAUAUCAGGCACUUAGCAAUGCGACAUGGCAUUACUAAAAAUCAGAAAUUUGUUGAACUUUUAAUUAAAGAUCAGCAACCAAUAAGUAUUCGAAAUGAUGAAGGCCUCAAAGACUUUAUUGCAGAAUUCAAUCUAUCAUACAAAUUUCCAAGUGAAAAAUAUUGUCAACAAUUACUUUCUGAAACAUAUAAAAAUAUCAAGCAAUCCUUAUUAAGUAUAUUUGAAAAAAAUAUUAUAUUAUGUUCUCUAACUUGUGAUUUAUGGACUAGAUGUAAUAAAUUAGGUGCAAUCAAUACAAUUACUAAUAAUCUUAUACUUACUGAUGAUGUUGAACUAUGGGAAGUAAAUUAUAAAGAUGAUAUAAUUGUUUUUGAUGAUACUAAUUUAAAUGAAGAUCAUAUUGAGUCUAUAAAUCUUCAAAAACAACUAAAUAUUCCUCAAGAUUUACCAUCAGAAGAAGAAAUAUUGGCUGCAUUACUCGAUCUUCAAUGUAAAGCAUUAAGUUUUACUUCAGAGUCUUUAAAAUUCAAAACUUAUGAUUCAUUGUGUAAAGUAUAUCAACAACAUCAAAAUCAAACAAAUAUAUCACUCAUUAAACUAUUAUUACCAUCUACAAAUAAAUUAUUGGCCUCUAUGUUUCAAUUAAAUAAUGCUCAAGUAGAUGAAGUCUCUGACUAUAUUGGAAUACCAAAAAUUCUCUAUGACCAAUGCCCCUUUAAAUAG